AGCCACCAAACCCAGUGAGAGGUGAGAAGGUAGGCUACGCCGCCAAUGGCAAUUUUUCAAAACCCAUUUUCCCUUUCGGUCUCCUUUACUUCCGUUGCCGUUAACAUCUCCUCAGAUUGAAAGAAGGAUCGGUAGUGUUGUGGUUACAACAAUCACCUUAUGAAUCCUCGAUGACCCUUUGCAUAAAAAGAGCUUCAAAAUCUCUGGCCUCCAUCGCCCCUCUCUCUCUCUCUUGCAAGUUCCCUUCCUCUUUCUCUCUUCUCCACAGCUUCCCUUCCCCAGCCCCCAUCUCUCCCCUUGAACCCGACUCCUCCUCCGAAACCCAUUACAAACAACUCGUCUUCAACACCAUUGAUGAAAAGCCCUGGGCAUUUUGCAACACCAACUGGGUUUCCAAUCACUUCCAUUCCAUCAUUGUCGAUCCCCAUUUGUUUAUCAAAGUUCUUAAUUCGAUGAGAGAAAGACCCGAUAUUGCUUUGAGGUUCUUUAGGUGGGUCGAGAUGCAACCUGGUGUUAAAAGAUCUGAGCUUGUCUUCUCCGUUAUGCUUGAUAUUUUGGUUGAGAAUAAUUCGAUGAGAUCAGCUUAUUGGGUCAUGGAAAGGGUCAUCGCGUUUGAUAUGCAUAGUAUUGCUGAUGUCUUGAUUUGUGGGUACUUGAAACUUGAGGUUACGGUUAAGUUGCUUGAUCUUUUAUUGAUGAUUUAUUCCAAUAAAUUUAUGGUUGAUCGUUGUUUGUGGGUAUUUAAUAAGAUGGUUAGAAAUGGGUUGCUGCCGGAUGUGAAGAACUGUAAUAGGGUUCUUGCUAUGCUUAGGGACAAAUCUCUUGUAGCUAAAGCAAGCGAUGUGUAUAGGAUGAUGAAGGAAUUUGGGAUUAAGCCAACUAUUGUUACUUAUAAUACCAUGCUGAAUUCCUUUUGCAAGGAAGGAGACGUGCAAAAAGCGAUUGAGCUCUUAUCAGAAAUGCUGAUGGAACGGUGUUUUCCAAAUGAGGUGACUUAUAAUGUUUUAAUUAAUGGUUUAACAAAGAACUACAAAUUAGAGCAAGCUGAGGGACUUAUUAGGGAGAUGUUGAAAUUGGGACUGAAAGUUUCUGCAUACACCUAUAAUCCUUUGAUUUGUGGGUAUUUUAAGAAAGGGUUGGUUGUUGAGGCCUUAAGCCUUAGGGAAGAGAUGGUAAAUAAAGGAGUUGAUCAUACAGUGGCAACAUAUAAUACAUUCAUGUAUGGCCUAUGCAGGUGGGGAAGAAUGGACGAUGCCAGACAGCAGUUCAAUGACAUGCUGAAGAGGAAUAUGAUACCAGAUGUCAUUUCAUAUAAUACUCUAAUGUAUGGGUAUUGCAGGAUAGGAAACAUUUGGGAGGCUUUUCACUUGUUCAAUGAGUUAAGAUUUCGAGGCCUUGUUCCUACUGUUGUUACGUAUAAUACUCUCAUUGAUGGUCUAUGUAGAGCAGGGUACCUGGACCUUGCUCGGUAUCUCAAGGAUACCAUGAUUGGUCAGGGAAUUUUCCCUGAUGUUUUAACCUAUACAAUCUUGGUAAAUGGAUCCUACAAUCUUGGCAAUCUAUCUGCGGCGAGGGAUCUUUUCAAUGAGAUGUUGCAUAAUGGUUUGGAGCCUGAUCGAUUUGCUUAUACAACUCAAAUAGUAGGUGAAUUGAAGCUUGGUGAUCCUGCAAGAGCAUUUAGUAUAGAAGAACAAAUGGUCGCAAAGGAAUUACCACCUGAUGUAAUUAGCUAUAACGUUUUUGUGCAUUGGCAUUGCAAAUUGGGUGAUCUCAAAGAAGCCUGUAAUUUUUUGCACAAGAUGAUUAGCGUUGGUCUUCUUCCAGAUCAUGUAACAUACACUACCAUCAUUCAUGCUUACCUAGAAAGUGGGCAACUGAGGAAAGCUAGAGAAAUGUUCCACGAGAUGCUGAGCAAGGGCUUAUCCCCAUCAGUGGUAACUUACACAGUCUUAAUUCAUGGACAUGCUGCUAAGGGUUUUUUAGCAUUGGCAUUUAUGUAUUUCUCAGAGAUGCAGGAGAAAGGUGUUCUGCCAAAUGUUAUAACCUACAAUGCUAUGAUAAACGGCCUUUGCAAAGUGAGGAGAAUAGGUCAAGCUUACAAGUUUUUUGCUGAGAUGGAAGCGAAAGGAAUACUUCCUAAUAAGUAUAGCUACACCAUACUAAUAAACGAGAACUGUGACAUUGGAAAUUGGCAAGAGUCCUUUAGGUUGUACCAAGAAAUGCUAGAUAGAAAAAUUCUGCCCGACUCUUGUACACACAAUGUACUCUUGAAGCAAGUUGACAAGAACUGUAAAUUGCAUGCAGUUCGUCACCUAGAGACUUUAAUUCUAGAAUGUAAAGAAGCUGACAGCGUUGAGACUUGAUAUAGCCUUUAAGAGGGUUCUAGAUUUCCCAUGUAGAUGGUGAGAUCGAUGCAUACUUGAUUUUGGAGAAUUGUCGCAUUCAAUUUAAAGCUACUCCAAGGAUCAUUAUCUAAAUACCAUUGGGCGAGUUGAUUUUGUAGCAGACCCACAUCUUGUCAGUCAGCUGAGUAUACAGAUCUCCUUGUUGUCUUCUUGGGCCAGUACUUGGAGCUAAUAUUACACACUAAGUCAACAACAGGUAUACAGAUGAAUUUAGUACUGUGUCAAGUUGUUUCAAAUAAAAUUUCUGAUAAAAUGUAUUUUCAUUCUUUUAAUAUUUUUGAGAAAUGAGAAAGGUGUGAUUGGACAUGGGGUGAGGGCUCUUUUUGUAAUAUUGUAAUGGCUAUUGUCAAAUUUUGAUAGUCCCUCUUUUCCCCCCAAAUUUUCAAUUGGUUGUAAAUCAUUAAUAAGAGGUUUCUAACUAGCUUUUAUAUUUUGACUCACAUCAUAGUUAAAGGUGGGAUGAGCAGGGCAAGUUGAGGAGCAAAC